GCAGCCGUGCACGCCGCGGGCGCGCGGAGAAGUGGAGUUGUAAACGCAGCGUGGACUUUUCAGCACCAAUACCUCGUGGAUAGCAGCCAAACGCACCGAGAGAGGAGGCUGGGUUUUUUUUUCAGCCGUGUCAUACAACGAACAUUUUUUUUCCCUUUUUUUUUCCUUUAAUGCUGUUUGUGCAAACCGCUGCGAUCACGGGAAAACUUUAGCAGCAGAGUCGUGAAGCGGAAAUACGGAGCAGCCAGGGCUUUGUAUGAGAGAGACUCUAAAAACACUCGUUCUUCCGGUUGAAAAACACAAUAUUUUGCUUUUUUCCUCUCCCAACCAACGGUCUAGACGAUGCACCGCGGACGAGACUAAAUGGCUGGGAACGAAAGGAAACAAAGGGGAUAGAGAAGACUGUCCUCCCCCGCCGGUUCGGUCCAGAUUUUUUUUUUUUUUUUUGCUUUUUAGCCACAUCACCGCCUGCUACAGUAUACUAGUGCCGUUUAACCGCCGAGGUCUCCAUUGUGUGAGCAUCUCACCGCCAAACUCCGUCUGAAUCCCGCGCUGCACCACACCUGCCCCCAUAACAACAACACCACCACCAGGACAUAUUCUUCUUUUUUUCUCCCUUUUUUUUCCCUUUUUUUUUUUUUUUUUUUUAAAUAAAUAUCACAUCCUAACAUGUGUUCUCGGGUGUGGUUCGUGACGGACCGGCGCAUCAGCCAGGAGUACCCUCAGGUCCAGAUCCUGCGGGCUCUGAAGGAGCGCUGCGUCGACGAGGAUGUGGAGUUCCGCUCCCUCCUCAUGGAUCAGAUCGUGCUGACGAUCAGCCAGGGCCAAUUAGGUCUGCGAGUGGAGCAGGAGUUGGUGACGUCUUACCCACAGGUGGUGGUGGUGCGGGUUCCUACGCCCUGGGUGCAGUCUGACAGUGACAUCACGGUGCUGCGCCACCUGGAGAAGAUGGGCUGUCGGCUGAUCAACCGGCCUCAGGCCAUACUCAACUGCGUCAACAAGUUUUGGACCUUUCAGGAGCUCGCCGGCCACGGGGUUCCCCUUCCCGACACCUUCUCCUACGGGGGACAUGACAACUUCCGUAAGAUGAUUGACGAGGCGGAGCCGCUGGGCUACCCGGUAGUGGUGAAGAAUGCGCGUGGCCACAGAGGAAAGGCUGUGUUCCUGGCGCGGGAUAAACACCACCUGACGGAUCUAUGCCACCUGAUCCGCCACGAUACCCCCUACCUGUUUCAGGAGUACGUCAAGGAGUCGCAUGGCCGCGACGUGCGCGUGGUCCUGGUGGGCGGCCGUGUCAUCGGCUCCAUGCUGCGCUGCUCCACUGACGGUCGCAUGCAGAGCAACUGCUCCCUGGGUGGCGUGGGUAUGAUGUGUCCACUGAGCGAGCAGGGGAAGCAGCUGGCCAUAGAGGUGUCCAACAUCCUCGGCAUGGAUGUGUGCGGCAUCGACCUGCUGCAGCUCAACGACGGCUCGUUUGUGGUUUGCGAGGCAAACGCCAACGUGGGCUUCAUCGCCUUCGACCAGGCCUGCGGCAUGGACGUAGCGGGGAUCGUGGCGGACUUUGCCCUGUCCAUGCUCCCCGGCCGCCUCACCCGUAAGAUGUCGCUGCUGUCCGUCGUGUCCAGCACCAGCGAGACCAGCAGCGAGCCCGAGGUGUGCAUCGUACCGGCGGGACAUACCGGCGGCUCGCUGCCCGAGGCCGUCUGCAACAUGAGUGUGGGUUCCACUUCCAGCGAGAGCGACCCGGAGCUGGCGGAGCCCUCCCAGUUGUCUCCCCGCCAGUCCACACCCCCGGCCUUGCCCGAUCUCCCUGACCUCUCUGAUCAAGCGUACAACUUCAACACGAUCCUGGCCAAUGAGAUCAAGCUAUUGACUGAGUGAGAUUAAAGCAAAUCCGUACACGCACAAACACCACAAACACACACACUUACCUACACAUGUACAAAUGGCUGCAUAUCUCUUGUCAAAACAUAUCAGCUCCCUCCCCCCACCAAAAAACAACAAAAAAACAAACAUGGUAUGUAAAAAAAGAAGAGCUGAGAGAGAUAGAACACACACAUUGUGACACACAGAAACACGAGCGUCCUCCUCCUUUCAAGAAAACGAUCUGAGGCUGCUCCCCUGACUCUCCUCUCUUUGAUAGUUUUCUAAAAGUAGCUUAUGCCGCAGCACGAUGGGAAACAACCUGACAGAUAACUGCCAAAACAGGCCUGCAUUCAUAUUUAUUUACUAUUUUUGGAGGCGUGAAGGAUUCCUACCGGUGCAAACACCUGCCUUGUUUUUAGAUUCCUCUCAAUGCAAGUUCGGACAGAAAAGGCUUUCCUGCUGAGACUGGGGUACGGUUCGGAGGCUGAAUGAAGUAUUUUCAAGAC